GCUUCAAUCCAACGACAUAGCCUUCUGUUUCGUUCGGGUUCUCCGUCUCCUUAAGUGCACGCGAGCGCCCCCUAUCAUCUCCGAGCGCUCAUUGCACCGAUUCGUCCAAGACUCAAUGUUCUCAGCCCGGCCAGAGCCUGUUUGUUUCCCGGCUCCGUUUCCAUUGGAUUUUGCCGCCUCGAACCGUCUUAUAUUGAGACAGGAACACACCGAAGUUUAGUAAGAUGUCCAGUGACAGACAGAGGUCAGAUGAUGAAAGUCCUAGUACCAGCAGUGGGAGUUCAGAUGCAGAUCAGAGAGACCCUCCUGCUCCAGAACCUGAGGAACAAGAAGAAAGAAAGCCUUCAGCAACACAGCAGCAAAAGAAAAAUACCAAACUGUCCAGCAAAACAACUGCUAAGCUUUCCACAAGUGCUAAAAGAAUUCAGAAGGAGCUAGCUGAAAUAACCCUGGAUCCUCCUCCAAACUGCAGUGCCGGGCCAAAAGGAGAUAACAUUUAUGAAUGGAGAUCUACCAUACUUGGACCCCCUGGAUCUGUCUAUGAAGGUGGAGUUUUCUUCCUGGAUAUCACUUUUUCAUCUGACUAUCCCUUCAAACCACCAAAAGUCACUUUUCGUACAAGGAUUUAUCACUGCAAUAUCAACAGUCAGGGAGUCAUCUGUUUGGACAUUCUGAAAGAUAACUGGAGUCCUGCUUUGACUAUUUCAAAGGUGCUACUCUCUAUAUGUUCCCUUCUGACAGACUGCAACCCUGCUGAUCCCCUGGUUGGAAGCAUAGCCACUCAGUAUUUGACGAACAGAGCAGAACACGACAGGAUAGCCAGACAGUGGACCAAGAGAUAUGCCACAUAAACAACUAACUUUAAGCGGUGUGAAGGAGAAGGUGGCAACUUUGCAAUGUGCAACAAAUCUUUAUAGCCUUUACAACACGGACUUCUGUGUAUAUGUUAUAUUCUACUCUUUGCUUUUAUCCUAUGAAGACUGGGAUAACAACCCCAAAGGAAAAUGCUGUUGAGAGUAGAAUUUUUAGCUGUAGAUUAGAUAUGUUCAGAUGCCUACUUGCAAGUCUUGCUUCUUUGGGAUAUCAAAAUGUAUUUUGUGAUGUACUAAGGAUACUGUUUCUCCAGUCAACCAAAUAUUAUGGUGCAUUUUAUCCUAACCAUUUAUCUGUAUGAAGUUAUUAAAUAUAGUUGUAGAUUAUUAGGAAUUUUGUCAUUUGUAUUAAAACCCAAAUCCGUUUCCAGUUGCGUGGUAUAUGCUGUUGUGAAACCUGUUUUAUCUUUUGUCAGUUUGUAAUGAAAAUAUUUCAUUUGACCCUUUGUAGCUCAGAGAGCACCUGUUAUAUCAUCUCAAAUCACAAUAAACAUGUUCCCCAGGUUACUGUAUGAUAUUGUUCAUUAAAUUUCAAGCAUGGGUUGUUAUACAUAAAUGUAUAAAUUAUAGUGUAAAAUGUCAGAAAUAGUACUUUUGAAAAUUUAAGAUAUGGAAUAUGCCUUUUAUAGUAUGCAGACAGACAAAACUGCAGUAUUUUCUGAUAUGAUGAUUUCAGUUAAGCCUCUAGUUAUGCAGAUGCCCUAGAUAACCUGUCUUUGAAUCCUGAAAAGGAAUGUAAAACAGUAUUUUCUUUCACCUACAUACUCUUAGAGAAUCAGCCAGCUUUUUAUAUGACUUUUUUGUUUUACAGCACUGAUCAGCAUUAAUGUAAAGUAAAAUAGUGAAGAUACUACUGAAAUUUUUUGUCUGUGUGCUGUUAAUUUAGUUUUCUUAAAGGUCUGCCCACAUUUUCAGUCUCUUACUCAGACUGCAGAGUUAAAAACAUUAGAAGCAGCACUGUUCCCAUUGAUACGCAUGACUUGCCAUAUGAAGACUGUUUUAACAAAUGUUUUUGUUUCCAGUGUUCAGCUAAGUUAAACAUGUUCCUGGUUUCAUUUUGUCACUGUAAAUUGCUUUAUGGGUGUAACCAAUGUCACAGUGACAGUUGUAUAUCUUACAUUUGAAAUAUUUUUUCCAGAGUUUUAUCUUAAUGUAUCAUAAUUAAAUUCUGUUUUUAUGGAGAAUUUCUUUUCAGGAUAAAGAAUAAUGCAAAGGUUGGUUAUUAUUCAUGUUAUGUAUAGUUCAUUAUGCAUUAUUUGGCUUCCUGUACAGGGAUCACAUAAGCAGUAUCUAGUUUGUGAUUUCAAGACCUCUUUUGCAAGUAUAUGACAAUAAAAUGUGAAAGUUGUUUAAAAAGUGACUAUGUAGUAAACCAGCAUAACAAGCUGGAAAACAUGGGUUUAAGCCAUGUGCCUGGGAUUGUUGCUUAAAAUGAAAACGUUUUUUUUUAACUCUGGAGUGACACUGGGAAGUCAGCUGAUUCAGCCAAUAAAGAGUAUCCAAACAAUC